CUUUCCGGGUCACGUGAGCGGGCGGAGCUGGAGAAGCCCGAUCGAGCGACCGACGGACGCACCGAGGGUUCGAGCGAGGGACCCGCAUCGGGAACCUGGGCGAGAUCCAAGACGCCCGGGCCAGGUGCCUGGUCUCAGGUACCCCCGGCCCGAGAUGCGGUAGGAGCGGCGCGCGCGAGAAGCCCCGUCCCCGGUGCCACCAGCCCGUCGCCCGGCCCAUGGCGAGCCCCGGCCUGGGGCUGUUCCUGGCUCUCGGCCUGCCGCUGCUGCCGGCCCGCUGGGGCCGGGCCUGGGGGCAAACACAGAUCACCCCUGCAGAUAAGAACAGCACCAUUACGACCCCGGACCCUGGCUCUGGCUCCAAUGGGGCCCUGUCUCAGGGGGCCCUCACUGCUAUCAUCGUGGUCUUCUCCCUCCUGGCCGCCCUACUCCUGGUCGUGGGGCUGUUCCUGCUGGUGCGGAAACUGCGGGAGAAACGGCAGACAGAGGGCACCUACCGGCCCAGCAGCGAGGAGCAGUUCUCCCAUGCAGCCGAGGCCCGGGCUCCCCAGGACUCCAAGGAGACGGUGCGGGGCUGCCUGCCCAUCUAGGUCUCCUUCCUCUAUCCAUCACCCUUCCUCGCUGUGUGACCUUUGGGGAAGGCAGAGCUCUCUUUGGGCAAUUAAACCCACUCAGCGCUUAAGAAUAGAAGGGAAGAAGGUGCUUCAAAGACUUUGCCCCUGAGGGCAAGGCUGCUCACUUUAUAUAUAUAUAUAUAUAUAUAUAUAUAUAUAUAUAUAUAAAAUUAGUAGUGAGAUAUUAUAAAACCUUUUUUUGAUCUGCUGGGGGCGGGAAUGAGCCUAGAUGGAGGUGACAAAUGCAGGGCUCAUGGGCUGUUGAGAGAUGAAUUGUAAGGUUGUGAGGGUCCUAGGGGCUGGGAGGGAUUCCUGGAAGGGAGGGCUCUUAACUGUACCUAGGAGCCAGCUGGAGGCUGCCCCAGGAGGGAAGGUGGUGGAUGGAGUGGGUUUCUGAGCAAAGAGAGGGCCCCCAGAUAAACUCACCAGAAAAAACAAGCUUUAGGCUCUUGCUUUUUUAUUGAGGGACUGGAGUCUCCUCCAGACCCUUGAUCUUUAACCUUCAAAGCACUUUUUCA